AUGAAGCUUAUGGAGAAAAAUGAAUUGGCUUCCAACCUUCAUUCAUUCUGUAAACACGCCAAUAUUGCUUGUUCUACAAAUUCAUUGGUGAAGAAGACAAUGGAUUACACAUCCCUACCACCAAUAGCCAAAUGGAAUCAUGUCAAAGAGAAAUAUGAUGAAGUUCCAAAUGAAACACCCCUAUCAGUUUCUAGCCAAGGGGGAUUGCCGUAUUUCCGGGAAUCAAUGGUGAAAAAGGGAAGUUUCAUGCCUAUCCCUGAUCUAAGGGACCCAAUGUCAUAUAAAUCAUUCUUGCCACGAACUCUGGCAUCAAAAAUCCCAUUUUCCUUUGCCAAGAUCAAGGAAUUUAAGAAGCUUUUUGGUGUGGUGGAUGAAUCAAACAUUGAUGAGUAUAUUCGGGAAACUCUCAAGACAUGUGAGGAGAGCCCUGUUCAAGGUGAGCACAGAACCUGUGUGACUUCUGCCGAGGAUCUCGUCGAUUUUGUUGUUGAGAAAUUAGGGCAUCAUAUACAUGUAUGGAGUACUGAGAGCAUCGAAGGAUCUUAUGAGAAUGUAACAAUUGGAACUGUGAAACUCAUCCAUGGAAAUGUCUCCGAACCGCCAGUCUUAUGUCAUAGCAUGCCAUUUCUAUUUCAAGUCUAUUAUUGUCAUGUUUUGCAGAAUUUAAAAGUAUAUGCAGUUGACAUACAUGCUCAGAAGAAAGUGAAUCAUGUGAUCAUGGCAUGCCACUAUGACACAUCGACCUGGAAUCCAAAUAAUAUUGCUUUUAAGCUAUUGGGUUUUGGCCCAGGACUAAUUGAAGUAUGUCAUUGGAUAAACGAGAAUGGACUGGUCUGGACAAAGACUCUCGGUUGA